GGGGAGUCCUCUGCGCAGGCGCUGUGGGACCGCGGAGCUUUCUGGGAAAAGAUGGAUGCUCACGAUCUGUUUCGCCGGCUCGGCGCGGGGGCCAAAUUCGACGUGAGACGCUUCUCGGCGGACGCUGCCCGAUUCAAGAUAGGAAAAAGGAAAUAUGACUUUGAUUCUUCGGAGGUGCUACAGGGACUGGACUUUUUUGGAAACAAGAAGUCUGUCCCAGGUGAGAGUGAAUCAUCAAGAACUCAUCAGGAACUACAAGAUGAAGAGAAAAAUGAAGAGAGCCUAACUGAAAGGAAGAGGGAGCAGAACAAGAAAAAGAGGAAGAAGAUGACUUCAGAAAUUACGUCUCAAGAAGUUUCUACUAUACAGUGGAUAUCAUCUGUGGAAGCAAAGAUUGAAGAUAAAAAAGUUAAAAGAGAAAAUAAACUAACUUCAGGAAAGUUGGAGCAGCUCAGAAAAGAAAAGAUAAACUUCUUCCGGAAUAAACAUAAAAUUCAUGUCCAAGGAACUGAUCUUCCUGACCCAAUUGCUACAUUUCAGCAACUUGACCAGGAAUUUAAAAUCAAUUCUCGACUGCUUCAGAACAUUCUAGAUGCAGGCUUCCAGAUACCUACGCCAAUCCAAAUGCAAGCCAUUCCAGUUAUGCUGCAUGGUCGAGAACUUCUGGCUUCUGCUCCUACUGGAUCUGGAAAGACUUUGGCUUUUAGCAUUCCUAUUUUAAUGCACCUGAAACAACCCACAAACAAAGGCUUCAGAGCCCUGAUUAUAUCACCAACACGAGAACUUGCCAGCCAGAUUCACCGAGAGUUAGUAAAAAUAUCUGAGGGAACAGGAUUCAGGAUACACAUGAUCCACAAAGCAGCAGUUGCAGCCAAGAAAUUUGGACCUAAAUCAUCUAAGAAGUUUGAUAUUCUUGUGACUACUCCAAAUCGACUAAUCUAUUUAUUAAAGCAAGAUCCUCCGGGAAUAGACUUAACAAGUGUUGAAUGGCUGGUAGUAGAUGAAUCAGAUAAACUGUUUGAAGAUGGCAAAACUGGGUUCAGAGACCAGCUGGCUUCCAUUUUCUUGGCCUGCACAUCCCACAAGGUCAAAAGAGCUAUGUUCAGUGCAACUUUUGCCUAUGAUGUUGAGCAGUGGUGCAGACUCAACUUGGAUAAUAUCAUUACUGUUUCCAUUGGAGCAAGGAAUUCUGCAGUAGAGACCGUAGAACAAGAGCUUCUCUUCGUUGGGUCUGAGACUGGAAAACUUCUGGCCAUGAGAGAACUUGUUAAAAAGGGUUUCAAUCCACCUGUUCUUGUUUUUGUUCAGUCCAUUGAAAGGGCUAAAGAACUUUUUCAUGAGCUCAUAUAUGAAGGUAUUAAUGUGGAUGUUAUUCAUGCAGACAGAACUCAGCAACAGAGAGAUAACACAGUCCAUAGCUUCAGAGCAGGAAAAAUCUGGGUUCUUAUUUGUACAGCCUUGCUAGCCAGAGGGAUCGAUUUUAAAGGUGUGAACUUGGUCAUCAACUAUGACUUUCCAACCAGCUCAGUGGAAUAUAUCCACAGGAUAGGUCGAACUGGAAGAGCCGGGCAUAAAGGAAAAGCUGUUACAUUUUUCACUGAAGAUGAUAAACCAUUAUUAAGAAGUGUUGCCAAUGUUAUCCAGCAGGCCGGAUGUCCUGUCCCAGAAUACAUAAAAGGUUUCCAGAAACUACUAAGUAAACAAAAGAAAAAGAUGAUUAAGAAGCCUUUGGAAAGGGAGAGCAUUAGUACAACUCCAAAAUAUUUCUUAGAAAAAGCUAAGGAUAAACGGAAAAAGGUCACUGGUCAGAACAGCAAGAAGAAAGUAACUCCUGAGGACAAAAGUUAAAAACAGACUUCUAAAAAGACUAUAUCACAAAUGUGAUUUUAUGAUUCCAGCAUGAAUGUUGUUUUCAUGGAAUACAUUGUCUUAUAAUCACCUGUACCAAACAUUUGAAAUCAACUACAAGAACAUGGGACUAGUGAAAAAUGAUCCUAAACUAUCAGUGCAUCAUGUCAAGUUUCAAUUCAUAGGUGAUUUUUUAAAUGAUUAUAUAAUGGAAAAAACAUUCAUUGACAUUCAUGUGGUUUGAAUCCAGAGCGAUGCUUCUUACAGAAGAACAAAAGUUUAUGCUAAAAAUAACAACACCCAAAUGUGGUGAACUGGAUUUUUCCCUUCAAGUGUGGAAGAGCGUGUCGUGUAUGCUGUGGAGAGGCGUUUGGAACCACAUUGCGAAGUAAAGUCUUGAGGUUGAAUGCCCCUUCCCACCCACUUUUUUUUUUUUUUUUUUUUUUGGAUGGACAAGAAGCAGCACGGGCUGUCUACCAAGAAUAAACCUACUGCUCUCUUUA